AUGCAGUUAACAUUUUUGAUUAACUUGUUCUUCCUUGGGUAUAUUUUGGAGGCAACAAAAUGCGAUGCUGAAGAUAAGGUCCACAUUAAAAUCCACAUCCCUCUAAAACAACCAAACUACCUCUCACUUAGUCUCGGUCACAAAAAACAAGUCGUACUUUACAAACACGGUCACCAUCACCGACAAGGUCAUAAGCACGAUCACGAUCAUAAGCAUAAGCACGGCCACAAGCAUCAUCACAAGCACAAGGCAGAACACCAUCACAAGCAUAACAAUCAGCACAAGCAUAUGGGAAAGCAUAAGCACGUCCAUAAGCAAAAACAAGUCCAUGGUCAUAAGCAUCAUCAUCAUGAGAGCUUGGUAAUGCAAGGGCCAAAGUUUCAGAACAUUAAAUCGCAAGUUGAGACCAUUUCUGAUCCCAUAGAAGUUUCUCCAAGGAAAAAGCCUGAAGGGUACAAAGAUUAUUCUCAUUGGAGGGCUAGUGGACAAUCUCAGGGUUACAAAGUAAUGGAACAUGAUCCUUUAGAUACCACGACAAAGUUGUUUAAGAACCUUCUAAGUACAACUUUAAGUCCUGUAGAUUUAGAAAAUGAUAAAGACGCUGAAUAUGAAAACUAUGAAGAUAAAGAACCGACAAAUGAAUAUUCAGACGAUGAACAUCCAGAACACAUCCAAGAGUACAUAGACAAUUCCAUGGAGGAUCUUGAAAACUAUGCUGACUAUGACUACACAGAACCCAAAAUACAAUACGCAGAAAAGUUGACUUUACCAGAUGGUAAAUACGAGUGGAAUUCCAACGAACUAAAUAAAUAUUUGGAGCAAACUUACGGGACCAAACAUAAGGAAGGAGAGUAUGAUGAUUACUUAAAUGAGGCUUCCAAUAAGGUUGAGCACCAGGUAACACCUUUGCCUGAUUUUAAGGUUAAGGUUCUGGAUAGAGAUGUUAUUGUUUCCAGUACUACUGUUGUUAGUACUGUUAAUGGUAAUGAUGCUGAGGUGAACUCGAGUGCCUCUAAAAAUAAUGGUUGA